AUAAGCCUAAUUCGAGACGAAAAUUUGUCAUUUGCCUGUGCAAAUUGUUUUAUCAAAGUGAGUUAGGCAAAUACGGUUUGUCCAUUUAGGCAUGUCGUUUCUGAAUAUUAAUCGCUUUCAUAUUUUGUGUUUUUUUUUAUGGCAAUUCGGACUUUUUUACGCUUGCCAGUUGAUUUUUCCGAUUUUCUACAAUUUUCAUCCAGGGCUUUCAUGCGAAGAUCCAGGAUUUAACUUUUCAAAGCCUAAAUGCAAACUUUCAAAAGUGGAAAUAUGCACGGAGCUUACAGCAAAUUGUUCCAAGUGGCACAUUGAGCCAGCUCCUUUCCACUCAAUGGUUCAGGAUUUUAAAAUGUUUUGUGGAACAAAAGCUUAUGAUUCUGCAUGGAUUGCAACAAUUCAAUUCAUUGGAGCACUUGUUGGAGCAUUGGUUUAUGGUCAUUUAGGAGACCAUUUUGGUAGAAAACCAGUUUCGUUUGUUGGAAUCUCGAUUGGAAUCAUUUUCGGAGUUGCUUCCGGAUUCGCACCAUCAUGGGAAGUGUUUGCCGUGUUGCUAUUUAUAUGUGGUACAUCAGUUGCAUGUAUCAUGAUUGUCUUCUAUGCCUAUAUUCUGGAAUUUAUCGAACCUGAGCAAAGAGUCUUCUUGAGAACAUUUUUCAAUUGGGGAUAUGCUCGCUUAGUGUUCACCUUAGUCUGCUUCAUUUGCGGUUAUUGGAGAUCAGCAGCAAUUGCCACGUCACUACUUGCUCUGCCAAUACUCCCAGUGCUUCUGUGGCUUCCCGAAUCUCCAAAAUGGUAUGCCACCAAAAACCGAUUCCAAGAAAUGAAAGAAGCAGAAAAGAAAAUUUCAUGGCUCUCGGGAAUUUCAUAUGUCGAACGAGAAGACAGACGAACCGAAAAAAUUGAAGAAAAGGACACGAAAGUGUAUACGAUUCGAGAUUUAUUCAGUUCUUGGCCAAUUGCGUACAGUACAAUUGUUGUUGGAUCCUUGUGGUUUUCGACAAGUGUGUCCUCAUUUGGAGCUGACUUGAAUUCUGGAAAUUUGGCGGGAAAUUUCUAUCUGAGUCAAUUCGUUCAAGCAGCUGCAAUUGCCCUAUCUAAACUUUCCAUUUUCCUCCUCGAUCUCUUCAUUCCAUCAUUCAACCGCCAACGCCUUCACCAAGUUCCCCAAAUAAUAAUGAUUGCUUGUUACACUACAAUCAUGGCAUUGAUGAUUUCUCCAGACUCAGACUGUUCUAGCCAAGGGUCUAGGAAUUUAGCGAUCAUUAUAAUCAAUAUCAUCGGCACUUCAUUCAUUGAGCUCACAUGGGAUGCAUGCUAUCUUGUAGCUGCGGAGAUAUUUCCUACGAGGAUUAGAACGAUCGGCAUUGGUACAUGUUCUCUUCUUGCUCGAAUCGGUGCUCUUCUUGCCCCACAAAUGGCCUAUCUUUCUGAAAUUUAUCCACCAAUUCCUUACAUAAUCGUUUGCUCAAUCGGCAUUAUUUCAUUGUUGAUUUCAUGUUUCUUCCUACCAGAUACAAAAGGAGUCGAUCUCGGUGCUUUGGAUCGUAAUCCUUUGGAAGAGUCUGGAGAUAACAAAGAAGAAGAAAUUAGUGAAAUUCAAAUUGGGACAAAUUAAAAUUUAGCAUAAUAUAUUGACGGAGAACAAUGUAGAAUAGUUCAGGUGCUGAAACUGAAACUGAUAGAAAUAAACUUGAAAUUUUGUGGUGUUUUUUUGAAUAUUAUAAAAUGCACAUAAAGGUGCACGGAUUUGCAUAAAUAGGUAUCUAAUUGCAAAAAAGAAUUCCGUUUUAAUAAGAAUUGUACAGAAUCUCCUGAAUCUGUGCUCUUUUCAUUUUCCCAAACAUCUCCAAUAUGUACAGUUUUUCCCAUUCUUUCGUGCUACAGUUUCCCCUUUUUUCUUUUUUCCUUUUUCCCUUUUUCCUUAUUUCUCCUUUACCUUUAAAAGAGAUGUUGUAGUAAAAGAGAUACGUAGUAAAAGAUCAAGUAGUAAAACAGUAUUUGCCUUAUAAUUGUGACUCUUUUUCUUUGUUUUGAGAGCGUCUCAAAUGUUUAAUACAUUUUU